AUGGUCAGGUCAAUAAGAGUCAGGCACAUCGUCGCCUUUGCUACUUCCCCCAAACAGCGUAUUUGCAACUACUUCGCGUCCCGGGAUGUCCUGAAACCCGCUUUCAGCAUGCAUACCGGCUCCAGCAAGCUAUGCUCGACAUGCAUGGGAUUUGACGUUCGAAAACUUCUGCUCACUGCUGAGGCGCAACGACCUGGAAACUUCAACGACCCUUCGGCGCCCGACACCUAUGAAAAUAUCCGGCCCUUCCGGAAUAAUAUUUUCUUCUAA